GCGCCACGGCCCGGCCCGGCCCGGCACGGCACGGCGCGGUGCGGCACGGCACGGUACGGCCUCGCGGGAGGGCGGCUGCGAUCCGCCGCGGCCGGCGAUGGAAGAUGGAGGGAGGCGGCGGUGCGGCAGAAGCACUUGUGUGGGAUAAUGAUGUAUCAGCUCACGCCCAGACUGUUGCCAAGGCCAAAUAUGAAUUUUUAUUUGGCUUGGAAGAAGAGAAGCCUUCAGAAAUGGGUAGUGGCCAUGGAAGUAAUACAUUGCUCCCCCACACCAUCAUCAAUGAAUUUCCAGAGUACGGCACUAUAGAGCCAAGUGGAGACGCACUGAGGACAUCAUCAGAGGGCCAGGCAGAGCCUGUGACGUGCAGCCCAGAAGGACGGGACGGUCACCAGGUACCCGGCAGGCCUCCUCAGCCUGCGGCUUCUGUGGACGAGUCUAGAGCUCACGCUAAGGCAGCGCAGCUGCAUGCUGCAGAAGAAGGCUUACAACCUGUGGGUAACGUGCCAGAGAUUAUGAAAAUCUCUCGACGGCUAGAAGUAACAAAGGUGCAAGAGAGAGCAAAUACUUCUCUUGAUUCAGAGACGCACAUGGAAAAAAAGAACGUUCCUGGCAGCCAAAAUGUGCAGGCAGCCAGAGAACCAGUUCCAGCAGGCCAAGAAAAAACCUCAGACAUGCCUCUUCCAUCUGAGCGAACAGCUGAGGAAAAAAUGCAUUUGAUCGUAGGGAAAGAUCUGGCUGCAAUAUGGACUGGAGAAAAGCAGUCCGAGUCCUUGCAAGCCACCAGUAAUAAAACUGAGGAGGUCCAUGCAGCAGAGGAGACAAGCUGUCAUAGACCAUCUGUGACAAACCUGGAAGCAGCCAGCAGAGUGGAGGGGUGGGCGCAUUUCGAGGAGUUUUCAGUGUACAGUCAAGGCAAAAUGCAAAUCGGUCCUGAGAGGAGGCUCUCUAAAGAGGCAGCUGUGAGCAAACACGUAGAAUUUCAAGGGGUGGAGAUUUUAUGGCUGCAAAAAGCAGAGGAGCAGAGCAGAAAGAAGCAUUCGCUGCUGGAGACCGCAUCCGUGGAGAGGAAGGCAUUCCCCAAAACAUCCAGCCACCCUGUGCCACCAAUGGUCUCCCCGGGCUUGGUUACCUCGCCGGACAGUGCUUGGAGCGAGGUCUGGGAAGACCCCAGGCUGGGAGCUGCCUGUGGAGCUGCUCCUCUGGCGUUGCUUGAUGAAAGUGGGGAGGAUGAAGUUUUUGUGAAGGACAAAAAGAACCGUGGAGAGGAGGAGACCACUGUGCUAGUGAGAGGCCAGGGCAGGAUCAUGGAGGAGGGGGAAGCAGCCAUGGGAGGAUAUGAAGAUGUCCUUGGACAGAGGCACUCUGACGUCUCCACUGAUCUGUACAGCUCGCAGUUUGAAAACAUCCUAGACAAUGCCUCUUUAUACUAUAGCGCGGAGUCACUGGAGACGCUAUACUCGGAGCCCGAUAGCUACUUCAGCUUCGAGAUGCCACUCACUCCGAUGAUCCAGCAACGCAUGAAGGAGGGCAGUCAGUUUUUAGAACGGACUUCAGCCUCGGGACAGACGGAUGUCUUUCAGCUUCCCCCUGACGGGGAAGCAAAGAGCUGCUGUGAAGGGAUCGCCAAUGGUUUAAGGGAUGUAAGCGAGACGCUCUUCAGAGGAGAUGUCACAGAAGUUCCUCGUUUGGAAAGCAAUGCUGGACUGCAGAAUGUGGUGCUAGACUCCAGUGCUGCCAUGGGGAGCAAUGAACUAAAGGAGAAAGAUGCCACUGGAGCCCUUGGCUAUGAUCUCAGCAAUGGCAGCAGCAGCAAUUUGGACGCAGCCAGGCGCCUGGCUAAACGCCUCUACCAUCUGGACAGAUUCAAGCGCUCCGACGUGGCAAAGCAUUUGGGCAAAAACAACGAAUUCAGCAAGCUUGUGGCCGAAGAAUACCUUAAGUUUUUUGAUUUCACAGGCAUGACGCUGGACUACUCGCUCAGGAGUUUCUUUAAAGCCUUUUCACUUAUUGGAGAAACUCAGGAACGAGAGAGAGUUUUAGUCCACUUUUCCAGCAGAUAUUAUCAGUGUAACCCAAACACCAUUUCUUCUCAAGAUGGAGUUCACUGUCUCACAUGUGCCAUGAUGCUGCUGAACACUGACCUGCAUGGACACAACAUUGGGAAAAAGAUGACCUGCCAAGAGUUCAUUGCUAACCUCCAGGGGAUGAACGAUGGUAAAGACUUCCCAAAAGGGCUGUUGAAGGCUCUCUACAAUUCAAUCAAGAAUGAGAAGCUUGAAUGGGCAGUGGAUGACGAAGAGAAAAAAAAAUCUCAUUUGGAAGGUACAGAUGAGAAAGAUAAUGGGAAUCAGACGAAGGCUGUAAGUCGAAUUGGCAACUCUAACAACCCAUUUCUGGACAUCCCUCAUGACCCCAAUGCUGCUGUGUAUAAAACUGGAUUUCUGGCUAGGAAAAUCCAUGCAGAUAUGGAUGGAAAGAAAACUCCCCGGGGAAAGCGAGGCUGGAAAACCUUUUAUGCUGUGCUGAAGGGAACGGUCCUGUACUUGCAGAAGGAUGAGUACAAGCCAGAAAAGGCUUUGUCGGAGGAAGAUCUGAAGAAUGCAGUCAGCGUGCAUCAUGCGCUGGCAUCCAAGGCAACAGACUAUGAGAAGAAACCCAAUGUCCUCAAGCUUAAAACAGCAGAUUGGAGGGUCCUGCUUUUCCAAGCCCAGAGCCAAGAAGAAAUGCAGGCCUGGAUCAACAAGAUUAACUGUGUGGCUGCUGUCUUCUCUGCACCACCAUUUCCAGCAGCAAUUGGCUCUCAGAAGAAGUUCAGUCGCCCACUCCUGCCAGCUACCACAACGAAGCUAUCUCAGGAUGAACAGCUGAAAUCCCAUGAAGCUAAGCUGAAGCAGAUCUCCACUGAGCUUGCUGAACAUCGCUCUUAUCCUCCUGACAAGAAGCUGAAAGGAAAGGAAGUAGAUGACUACAAACUGAAAGACCACUAUCUGGAGUUUGAGAAAAAUCGCUAUGAGAUUUACGUUGGCCUCCUGAAAGAAGGGGUGAAGGAGCUGCUGAGCGGAGGCGAGAACGACGCACCAGGAUUGAAGAAAUCCCACUCGAGUCCGUCGCUCAAUCAGGAGUCUCCAGUUAGUGCCAAGGCAUCCCAGGCACCCAUGUGAAUAUGCACAUUUCAGAGGCCAAGAGAAAAAGGAGAUCCUGUCGUGAAUGCCUAAGCCUCCUGGACUCCCUUAGGAACAGGAUCAUCUGCUGAGCAGUACUGUCAUUUGCUUUUUUUUUUUUUUUUCCCCCGAUGCUAUUGUAAAGGGUGGGUGCAGAUUCUCCAGGGGUGUCAGCGGUGCAUCUUGUUGGGUGGCGCCAUGGAGAGUCUGGCCAGAUGGCUUUGCAUGGUACCCAGUGCCCUGCCUUUCUUUGCCGAAUGUUUGCCUUUAUUAGAGAUCAGUGUUUGACCUCAGUGUCUCAGGAGCUCCCGUUGCAGCGUGUAAGGAUACUCUGCUGAUUUCCAGCCCUCCCCUGGACCCCUGCAUGCCUGGCUGUCCCCACCGUGCACCCGAUCUUGGUAUCAUCUGAGCAGCCUGUGGCUUUCUGGGGAUGCUAAACGUGAGCAGGAGUUACCUGAGGCUUGUUUUGGGACACCUUCAGCCCAGGCAGAGCUGUGUCUGGAUGCUCAGUGAUAAGAUCUUGCAGUGCCUGCUCGCUCAGCUGCAGCUGGCAGGCUACUGCAAGUGUGCGUGCGAGCAUGCAGCCCCCAAGCCAGCCUUUGCGUUGGUGCUGCUGGGGAGGUAUCGCCCUUCCUUGUCAUCCUCCCUGCUGCAGCCUGGCACCUGGAAGCCGCCGCUCAGGCAGAAGCUCUGCCCUCACGUCUUGAGAGGGGGCAUGCGAGGAGGGGAGCUGGGCUGGGCCAGCAGCACUGCUGAUUGCUCACCUUCUGUGUGGACUCCUCUCCCAGCUGAAGGAGGAGCGGCAGGAGGGUCUGGACAUGACAGCAGGGAGGGGAGGGAGAAGCACAAAGAUGCCUUCCCUCCCUCCACUCAGCAACCAAAGCAGGUGAGAUACUCUCCCAACGCCAAAACUGCGCUCUCCUUCGUAAGCCGGUAGGAUGCUGGGAUUUUUGUUCAGCAGCAUCGUGAAAGAAAAUCUCUGGGCUGGCUGUGUGUUUGUAUGCGUCUUGCAGAUAAAUCACGCACGGACCAGUGAACAUGACUGCAGCUUUUUAAUCCAGUAUUUAUGUUGUGUCUUUAAUUGAUGUAGAGAGAUAAGUCAGCCAGCCGGGUGAUUAACGUAGCGGAGCUGUGGGGGAACGCUGUUCAUCUGCGACUCCGACUCAGACACUUUUUCAUCUAUAGCCAGCCACUUGUAAAUGGUUACCAGAAGCUUUCUAAGGGCUGUAACAGCUCAUCCCUUAAGUGCUUUCUCUUUGAUCCUGCCUGCUCCCAGGGUGCAGCCUGUCCAACUUCAGGGGCUCUUCUGGAGCACGGUGUGCAGCAGAGCCCUGCUCUAAGCAGCAGUUUGAGCUAGCUGACCUCCAGAGGCCCCUUGUGACCUGGAUUGAUGGGUGACUUUUCACAGCUCCAGUGCCUUCCCAUAAUAGACCGGUUGUUCUUCUGCCUAGAAACCAUCAGGCUUUUUUCUCUCACCCGAGUGGGGCUGGGUUCCCACUUGGUUAGAGCAUCUCUUUGAUGAGGAGGUUGUUGCGGCAGUGGAGAAAGUCAGAGGUGGCAGGAUUAUCACUGCAUUUCUGGAGGGAUUGCACUGCAGUGUUCUUGAAAGCGGGGAAGGCUUUUCUCUGCAGACAGCUUACAGCUUACCCAUGUCUGCAUUCUCCAUCCCUAAAUCAAUUUUGGCCUUAUCGCAGUUAGUCUGACAGCUCCUCCUCCUUUUCUGUCAAGCUGCUCCUGUCUGUCAUCUUAGCACCUCAGCUGCUUCUGUGUAACAGGUCUCUUUCCUUCCAUGCUUGCAGAAAUCCAGAAAAUUUGACUGUCCCAUCUUGCCUUGAGAAAACCUGCUCCGAGGCAGUACUGUGUUGAAUGGAUAACCUUUUGAACAGCUUUUUCAUUCUGCUCGUUUGUAGCUUGUAUUUCCAGCCACAGUUAUAGCUGGGAAGUGCGAGACAGAGUUUCAGACUUCUGUGAUCCUUGUGUGUUGUGCUGCAUGGAUGCAAGGUCCUCCUCCCACACUCAGACCAGACACUUGUGACAUUCCUAGUCUCCUUUCCAAAAAUCUCAGAGGCAGAGGCAGCCUGUGCUGUGCUGUGGGGAAACUUUGACACGCUGUUUUGCAAGGAUUUGGGUACUUUCCAAAUCAGGUCAUACAUUUUGCAACCUUUCAGGGAGCUGUGUAAAAAAAGGAGAAAAAAAAAAAAAAAAGAUGCCAUUUUCAAUCAGUGCCCCCCAAGCACAGAGAGAUGGUAUCCAGAAACACCAUCUGCUUUUGCAGAGGCAUAGGCAGUAUAAACACCUUAUCUGCAGCAGUCUCACAGGUUGCUGCUUGUUCGAACUUUACCCAGUGUGGCUCUCCCCGAGCUCUGGGGUGUCGUGUCUGCUCUGAGAGGGCAAUUCUGCAGUCCACGUUUCACCAGUCUCCCCAGAGCAUGACUGAAGCUCCUCAGCUUGUGUCCUGGUGUCAGCUGCCUAGGCUGCCGAGGGGGGCAAGCCAAAGAAGCUGUCUCAGAAAUUUCUUUGAAAGAGCUGGUUGCCAGCUUGUGCUUUAUGGAGGGUAUUUUUAGCGCAUGCUCACGCAGUAUGCCUGGCCUCUCCUCUCCUCUCUCUGUGAUCUCUCCCAGCAGCAUAAGUGUAGUACAGUGAACUGCUUUACUUGGAGUUUCUGAGCAUUUGCUCCGGCAAGAAGAGGCUUUGUCAGCCUCCAGAGAAGCUACAUUCCCCAAGCUGAGCACCAGUGCAUGGGGCCAUCUCCCAUACGGCCAGUGAUACCAUAAGAAGACACUCGGAAAGCCAGUGCCACCCUCCAUGUCUGGUCACCUUUUGGGACCUGGGCAAUAGCGUUCUCCAUCAUUGCCCUCAGUGCUGGGGGAAAUUAGAAAUGCCAGCUUCCUUUUCCACGUACGCUCUGCUGCUUAGGGAACUAGCCCCGAUCUGUGUCGCCAGCUGCUUCUCUCCCUUGCGACUGCAGCACCCUCAUCCAGGGGUGUCACGGCCUCAGUGUGAAGAGGCUCAUUUAAAUUAAAGCAAGGAGGAGAGGUGGUCCUGGGGAGCUGUGUCUGGAGGCCUUCUGUGAAAGUUGGCUCUCCCGUUGACAACAUCCAGCUGAGCAGUGAAAGGAGGCCAGCUCAACCCUGCCUGAGUGGAGGUACCUUGCUCAUUUGUUUUGUGAGCUGCACUGAGGCUUUAGGUUAAUUAUUUAUGAGAGCACUUCCUUAACAAGCGCAAGCAACAGCUUUCCCAAAGGCUGCGCAGUUGACCUGACUUUGCUGCCAUGGUCAAAAGGAGCAAAUAUAGGUCAGCCCGCAGAGCUUCUGUCAUCCCCCUUUGAGCAGUGAAGUAUUCUGUAAAAGUUAUAAAUUUUUAAACAAUGAGGGACCUACCAUGGCAUCUGCUGUUAUGUCUGUGCCAGGAAUCAGUUAGGGUACAGGCCUGAGGUUUAUUUGGACUGAGGAGAAGUACAUCACUUAGCAGUGCAUGUGCUAAAAGUGCUACAAAUUACAAGGGCAUGACUUUUCUCUGACAUAAACCUUUGCAAUUAGCAGUCGCUCUGCAGCAACGGUCCUGUGUGUAAUUCACCUAAACUAAACCAACACAACAAGAUAGCUUUUGUUCAAGCAAGCAAGGAAGGUUUCAGCUUUGCCUUGUGCCGAAUGAAUAUCCUUUGUAGCAGCUAGCCAACUGCUAUGGAGAUGUGUUUGACAUAAAGUCCUCUGACUCCCUGGAGCCUCUUGCUGGGAAUAGGGCGAUCUGCGGUACCCAGUCUGUCACUUCACCAGGCAAAUGCUAUCGAUGGUGAAAGUCUGAAGUCACUUACACACUUGUGAAAACCUCAUGCUCAGUGCUGUUGAGUUCUGAAAAACUGUAGGAUGAGAACAGGGAUGGGUCUUUUUGUUUUGUUUUGUUUCUUGUUUUGUGUGUACAUAUUCAUGACAACUAUGUCCUCUUAUUUGAGGCUAGGAUAAAACCUUGGCUAAAAGAACAGAGUUUUUUGGCAGUUUGAAAACUUUAAAAUCAAUACUCUCUGCGUGAGGUACAAUCUGAGGCUUACAGUACUUGGUGAACGUGUUUAAGUGAUGCCUAUAGAUGUGUGUAUGUGUUUCAUAGGUAUAGUAUGGCUUCUGUGGCUCAGCACUCCAAAGCCUGCUAUUCUUUUCUGAAGCUUAUUUUUGUCGAAGCACUUAAACAGCUGCAAACUUUGUUAGGAUGCUUGUUGUUCUAGUUCUCAAAUUAGGUUAAACAGUCAUCAGAGCUUUUGCAGAUUUAGGGUAUCCCUUGAGCUGCCUUGAUCUCCGUGUGUUGUCCACCAGGGGCUGCCUGUUGUUCUGCAUGUUGAAAGCAAAGGCACGUGUCUGAGAGUCUAAGCGAGGAUCACUGGGUGGUAUUUUCUGCUAGCUCGACACUGGGCUGUCUCCCUGGUGGUGUCAGCUGAUGCCUGCACCACGAGCAUCCAUGCCUGAUUCUUCUGAAAAUCACACUCUGGGGAUCUAAUAUACAGCUUUACUUCUGAAAAUGUUGACCUCGCUCUGUGAAAAUUCAGCAAGGGGACAUCGUGUCCAAAAGUGUCCAAGCAGGACAGGUGCCUGUGAUGUCUCCUGCAGAUACAGCCGUACAGCAGUAGUGAGGGUUUCUUUCUGCAACUGCACAGAUUUCCAGAAGAAUGUUUCGCUCAUCAGAGUGGAAGAGAAGAGCAGCAGGACGAAUAUCUCUAUAGGGCAUCUCGUUUGCCUCCCGGAGGUUUCCCUUGUGAGGUUUAAACGACCUUUUAACAAGUUGGUGUGCUAAGUAAAGGGAUGAGGAAGCCCAGUGGGUUUUCCUAUUAUGCUCUAUCUAGUUAGUGCAACACUAGCACUAUCUGCAUUAUCCCAGGAAAGGGGGAGCAAAGCCUAAGGAUGGAAUUCUUACCUGGAGUCAUAAAAUGCUUAAGGUGCAGGUAACUUGAAGCACUUGAGCAACCUCAGUGAAGUCAAGGCUGUGUGCUUCACUGGACCCUGGCCAGAGUGAUCACAUCUUGGAAGACUGAGACGCAAGUGGACUUUAGCUCAGGGUGAGAUGAAGAGGGACAUCCCCAUCACCUUGCGUUGGGUCAGUUGUGGUCUUGUAAUCCUUUUUCAGGCGCUGAGCUUCUCCCUUGGGUUACCUGCCUCCCUUGGUGAUAAAGUGGGAAGAUGAGGGUCAGCACUGUUGUGUUCAGAGUUGCAGUUAGGAACUGGCACUUGCCCUCCGCCCGAGAUGAUGCAGUGUUGUUUUCCCUUGGGUUGAGAAAGAGCACUGAAUUUUCAGUUACUGUUGUGUGGUACCCCUAUGGGAAUAGUAGCCCCUGGCAGCAGCAGUGCAAAAACCAUUUUGCACACAUGUGUACACACACCCUGUGGAUCUCUUCUGUGCAGACUUAACCUUACUGGGCCCAACAGCAGUCCUUGCAAGACUUUUCCUCUGGGCAGCCUCCUGUCCCUUUUGCCAAGUGUAGGAACCUUCUUCCUAAUAACCUCGAACUCAGUUUAUUCUCGUCACUGACUCACUGGAGUGUUUUUCAUGCAACACACUAGAGACGCAGUCCCGGUCUCACUGCUUUGUGGUAACUUCUUGGUCUGCUCUGAAGCAGCAUUGAGGUAAUCACUAAAUCUUUUCUAGCAGCAUGAAACUUGCUGCUCUGACUCUUGGUGUGGUAAUUGUCUCGUGUCUGAGGCUGUCCUACCACCAGGGCGCUCCUUCCUGUCCCUGGGUGCAUGCACGGUCAGAAAACCAUAUUGCUUCUCGGUGGUCAGAGUCAGAGCUGUGCCGACUUAAAUCAAACCCUGGUUCAUGGGAGGUGUUUCCACGUGCUGCUGAUGUCCAUAAGGACUCAAACAAAUACUUGCGUACACAGAAAUGCUUUCCUGAAGCAGAGUUGUCACUCUUCUCUACAGGUACCACAGGAUGCCCUCCCUUAUUCUGCUUCAUGUAACUGGUACUAGAAUGAUCAUUUCCUGAUAAAUGAAGGCACUUAAUCAGUCCUCUUCCCCUUGGAAGAAGGACUUUUGGGGAUAUUGUUAUAUCAUUUAAAAUAAUAUUUUGGAAUUUAAGUUUACAUUGCUUUAUUUUUCACUUGAGGUGACUGUAUAUAAAUAUUUUCCUCUAUUUUAUCAUUGCUGAUAAAGUAAGCCUACGGUAUACAGACAAAUAAUUUGCCUUUGAUGUAUUGAAACUGUGAGAUAUAAAGUAGACUUCUCUCUUGUGUCCAUGUUCCUGACUAUUACUCUGUUCCUCUGUGUUUUUAUAAGUUGGAAUAAAUGUUGCUUACGGGCAACAGAGAGCCUGCAAGCUUCCCAAUAAUUUUUAUGUAAUUGAACUCAAGCAACCCUAGUGAAGGAUCUCACAUAUGUAUAAUGAUAUAUGUAUAUGUACAAACUUUAGAAAGAAAUAAACCAAAUGUAUUUCA